AAUGCCACCGAAAAAGUUAAAAUCAUAUUGGGGAAAAUCACCUGCCAUUGAUUUCCUGAGUUAUCCUAGCAAUAUUCAUACUGUUGAUGACAAAAGGAGUAUCCUGAUGAUUGGGGCUAAUGAUAUAAGGCACAUUUUAAAAACUGUAUCUCAGAGGUUUAAAUACGAAAAUUCUCCAAAGAUAAAUUUUUAUGUCCUUGAGGAAGAGGCUAGUUUAUACGCAAGAUUUAUUCUAUUAUUAUGCAUUGCUACGGAAAAAACUAAACGUUUUGGUCUUCAGCAAAAAGCCGAAUUUCUAUUGGAAAUCUGGGGAAAUAGCUUUAUAAGGGUAGAAACUCUAGAAUAUGUACAAAAGAUGAGUCAAUAUAUUAAAAAGUUCGUUGGUGACGUCUCUGGUCUAAAAUCAUCUAUUCCCUUUCUUGAUAAUUCUCAGCUAACAAUGAGAGAGAGAGAUGAAAUUUACGACGAAUUUCAUUCAUGGUCAAAACCGGUAACUGGAAAGGAAUUUGAUAUAAGGAAUUCUUGGGAUGAAAGAUUAAGAUCUUUACUAGGUGUAAGAUACGAUUCAAAGACAGGAGUAUUCGACUGGGAUUAUCAAAUGAGACUAGCUCAAAGAGGAAGAGCCUCCAUUAUCACAUCCCACAAAUACAAUAGAUGGAGAUUGGACGGAAUGGCUUAUUCCUUGAGAAAUGCCGAUUACAACCAACCGAACGUGACUUUAUGCACUAAAAUCCCCUUUGAGCGAAAUAAGGUUUUCCAAGAGAUGAAAGUCUAUUUAGGCGACAUUGUUCAUUCUCCAUUUGUAUCCUUUGGAAUGGAAUGCGAUGACAAAGAACUAUACAAAACUGCAAACAACGUUCACAUUAAUAAUGGGGAAGAUAUUGCAAAGUAUAACGCCUUGAGUAUGCUAUAUAGUAUAGAACACGGUAAAGCUUUCGAUAAGAGUAUAACUGAGGAAGAUAACACCAAAAUAAUGGAAGUUAUUGAAGAGGAUGAGGAGGAGGCCAAUGAACUUUUAGCGUCAUCGCCUUGGGAGAUGCCUUUCGAGCCGCUAUCAUUGGAUGGAAUAACCGUAUCGUUCCUACCCUGUAAAGCCAUUAAAGAUUUACACAAGAAAAGGAAAUACGAGCACUUUUUCGAUGAUGUGUUCGUCAAUAAAGACUUUUUAAAGGAUAUCACCGAAGAUUUUUGUAAAACAUUAAAACCAUCAGCAAACCUAACAGUUGAUACGGCAAAAUAUGACGCAUCGAAAACAAACGAGAACGUUAGUGAAAUAUACGACAAAUUAAUCGACAAUAUUAAAAUAUUGAACUUUGAGGUGUCAUUGAAUGAUAAGGAUACUGAUUUCAUUCGAGCAGUUUUCAAAGACAGAUAA